AAAACGAGACGAUGUACGUUCGAGGGAGGGAACGGACCGUGGUGAUAGUCGACGAGGACGCUGGGUGGUGAGUGCCACCGUUACGGGUCCUCCUCGGGUCCAACCGUCAGGACCAGGGACAAUUUCUCGGUUCUCCUUCUGUUUGACACGCGUUUUGCCACCGUGAAACGGGGAAAACAACACGAGAGAAAGGACAGAUCGAUAGAACCGGCGGUAGCGGCGGCCAGUGUGCUUUUGCUUGCUCGCCUCUGCUUACCCCUCGGUGCGUGCGUGCUUGCCUGCCUGCUUUCCUUUUCCUUGCGUGGAUUUCGUCCCGUGGGCCAGCGAGGACCAAGCACACGGGGUGCGGCCAACGAUGGUGAAAGCCCCGACCAUGGGUCCCUCCGCCGGUACCCAGGGGAUCAGGAAGAUUCACCCUGGCCCCGAAAUCGCGAUGAAUCCGAGGAAUCUGCCGACCGCGAACGUCACUACACCUCCCAGCAUCCGAACAGAUGGCAAGACCACCUCUAUAUAUCAUUCUCAGGUGGACGUCUCGACCCAGGUGGAUCUACACGGUGGUUUCGGGGCGCCUGCUGGCAGCAUCAGCACCGACUGGGAUCGCAGGGCGACACCGCUUUAUUCACGCGAGGACAUUAAAGAGCAGUAUUGCAUAACCAGCCGGCAAUUGGACGCGGUGGAGAAAUCGGGUGGUGGGUUUUUCGGAUGCCUGUCGACCAGGGGCCCGUCACCUUGCGCCUCCGCGAGGACCUCGAUUCUCUCCGCCUGUGUGAGAAGCGUGCCCAGCGAUGAGAACCUCUGCGACGCCCCUUACCCCCGACGCUCCCUGCAGAUUAUGUACCGUCAACCUUAUCCGACCUACUCGAGGGGUUUGUCUCGUUACGAUUUCGAGGACGAGGCCGACUGGAUCGAGAGUUCCUACUUCCGGCGCAGACCCAGGUCCUUCUGCACCGUCCCCGAUCCGAAAAGGUACACAUGGCUUCCAGAGGACGAAGAAUCGACGAAAUUGGAGGGUCCUCGACCUGUAUUGCCCCCAGCACCCCCGCCACCCACCGCGCAAGUACCAAAAACGAAGCACGUGAGUUUCGCGAGAUCGCACACUCUUACGUCGUUUGACGCUGCAAGGAGCAGAAGCCCUCCAAGGCCGCAGAACCAGGAACGCCUUAUAGAUUCGCAGCCAACGAUACAGAACGCAAUGCUUCCUUCGGCCUUACCCUUGAUGCACCCGUAUGCCACCAACGAGACCCGAGUUAUUGUCCUUGAGAAGCCACCGAAGCGCGGUACGAUGAAAACCCAGGCGACCCAGACGGAGAUUCCAGCCGUGUUCCGGGGUCGAGUCCCCGUUACCCUCAGCCCCAGGACGAUACACCGGGUGAAGAUGGUCUCGCAAGGGGCGCAAACGAACGGUCUGUUCAACGGUAGGAAGCUGACAAAGAGCUACUCGGAGGCUGGUCAACUGGGUACACCGUUGGGCGGAGGUCAGGCUGGUGCAAACGGGAAGGAUGAAACGGAGCACCACGAGCCUCUUCACAGAACGCAGAGCGAGGAACCGCCGAGGUCACCCUUCCUCGUCGAUACGCCACCCCCUCAGGGACUCGAAGAACCAUUGACCAACGGGGACAUCUCCGAACCUAUCAUGAGCCAUUCCUUAAUUCAUCGAAGAUCCGUCGAUUUGGACGACCAGGAGAUCCUAAUAGACUUUAAGCCGGCGCCUGUCUCGCCGGACGCUCGCGCCCUUCUCAACCGUAUGUCCCAGACGACGCGAAGGUUCCUGCCCUUGCAGAAGACUCUUUCAGACGGUGAAAUUCGCGUGGAGAGACGCGAGCUGAUCGGCGAAGCCGGCGAGCCAAGUUACCCUCAUACGUGCAGGAGGAAUCAUCAGGACUCGUGGGGCAGGACCGUCAGAGCAACCGUCCAAUUCUCCUCGACGCCCGAGGAUCUGUCCCUGCUCAGAGUCGCUUCGCCCCAAGAGGAUCAUCCCGAAGAGGAGUUUCACGAAAAUCUUAUCCGGCGAGGACUGUUCCGUAAGAGAAGCGUGUCAUUGGAGGAUGGCGUGCAAGGCUUGGCGUCGGAUGAUUUUAUGCUACCGAGGUCGCUUCCCACGUCUCCCACUUCGCCAACUGCAGUUUCAGCGCCACGAAGGACUUCACAGAGCCCCAAGGACUACGUGUCGCCGACACGGCCACUACGACAAAGCGGACUUUGCCCGCUACUCUUCGGCCCUGGAACCAGUAUCAGCGGCAUGAUCACAUCUCCGUUCGCAUCGAGCGAUUCGUUAACGAACGACGUCACGAGGGACCACAGCGACGGAAUUUGGAACGAGUCACAGGCGACGGUCCUGCAGGCUGACUCGUUGGCUCUUUUGACACCGUCCUCGAGAAGAAGGCACCUUCUGCUUCUCCAGCACCAGCAACGUUCCUCGAUGGAUACCGAAGCGUUGGAUAUCGAAGAGACGAUGGAGUCACGUCCAUCGAGUCCGAGGAUGCGCCUGGAACCGACGACACCGAUUCAACCCUUAACACCAAGGCAAUUACUUCUCAGCGUCGAAUCAUCCGUGACGUUGCCGCUGAACGGCAGACCGAGAAGCGGAUUCCGUCGUCCGAGUCCCGGUCCGCCGUUGUCGCAGCCACAAUCGCAAUCAUCGAGCGAAUUCGGCCUGAGCCUCACCAGAACGGACUCGGGCGGUCGAACCAACACAGACCUGUCCGAAACCUCGACCACCGAGGACUAUGUCACUGCCAACACCUCCACCGAAACUGGGACCACUACAGGCACUUCCGCAACGACCAGUUCCUGGUCGAAGCCCCCGCAAACAUCGAGCGCCGCGGCCUCGGCCUCGGCGACAGCCACUGCCGCGGAAGGAAGCUCUUUCGAGAGCGCCAGCUCGAUUUAUAGCCUAGCCCGCAGCGAGGCCGUCGUUGAAGAGCCAUGCAGCCCACCACCGAUAUUGGAGGAAACGGAAAGUCCGUUCGGAUUGGAGGUACCCCCGUCACCAGCUAGGUCCACGAGCAGCAGUAGUUCGGGCAGUUACGACCUGAAAGAUGCGAUGACAGAUCCGGGUCAGGAACUCGAGCAGCAGACGGCACCGCCGAGCGGACACACCUCGGAGACGGAACUGGAUCGUGACGAAGGUCACCGCUCCUCUUCCGGCGGCUACGCCGAGUCUCCGCCAGAUUUACGCGGCUGGACCGAAGAAGAGCGUCGCAGACGAAGGAAGACCUUCACCCUCGACUUCCUUGCAAGCUCAUCGGGCAUUGAACGCAGCGCGGAAUUGUACGGAGACAACGUCGACGUUAGCCCGACGCCGAGUCAUCGUCAUAGGCCGAGAGGAAAAUCAACGAGCGCCAGAAGCCCACACAAGAAUAACAGAAAGCGCGAAACUGUGCAGCAAACGGUUCAGGUGCAGCAGUCGCAGCAACAACAGAUUACCAGGAGCCCUCAGAAAGAGGAUUGGCGCGUGGAACAAGCCGAGGAUGGCGGCCAUGUUCCUACUUCGGACGAUUCCAGCUGCAGUCAUCACUAUCAUAUGCAUCAUCAUCAUCAUCAUCAUAUGCAUCGCGAGAGCGCUGAUGGAAGGCACAGGAGGACGAGGGAGAGUCCCAGGAGGAAGACCACUGGCUACGUUUCUGUUAGGAGAAGGAGCAACGAGUGGAUUUUUAGCGACAAGAACGCUGCCAUAACAGGCAGCCUUCCACGAAGAAGAUCGCGCGCUGCGGACGACAUAAUGUGUUCGAGGCUGAGUCCGGGUCGUUAUCAACGCAGUCCAGGACACAACGGACAACGGACGAUGAUCGUUGAGUCGCAGAGCCCAGAAGCUAGAUUAAGGGCUCUUUCAGCGGAAUCGUUGAGAUCCGUGAGCCCAGGGAGCGACAGUGUCUUCUACAGCGAGGGUGCGGACCAGUGCUUGACCGCCAGCGCCCUCGACGCUCCCCAUUGUCACCAUUGUGGAAGAGAGGUCUCGGAAGAGAUCGUUCGACCGCCGGCAGGUUUCGCGGACUCCCCGGAAGGACACAGGUCCUCCACGCCGAAGCACGUACCCGGCCAUCGGCUGUACAAGAAGUUCGACAAAAGGUAUCGAUCGGAGGAUCGAGGAGACAGAAGGCACCGACGCAGCAGCGCUGGUAGAUCGGACGUCCGGGCGAAAUCGGAGGAAAGGGUGGCCUCGAGACGAGGAAGCAGAGGAUCUAUCGACGAUACAGCCUCUGGCAGAAAAAGGCUUCACGCGAGGAGCACCGACGUCAGUUUGGAGAUACUUACCGGUCGGGAGGACGAAGACACGUACGUGGAACCGUACACGAGCAGCGAAUGGAUUUACAUCGGCGAUCUCGAGGAGAGUCACGUGUGGAAAAGGCCAGACAGCAGAGACGGCGACGACGAAGUUACGGAAAGUAUGGCUAAAGAGAGAAGGGGCUCUCAGGAAUCGACGGAGAGCGAAAGAAACUUUAGGAAAAAGUACCAGGCGACGACGCAGAGGAUAGUACACCGAAAGAUAAGCGGGGAAAUGUAUAAAAGGAUACAGACCAAGUGUUUCGAAAGCGACAAAAGGGUGGUGGUGAAACGAGAAGCCGGAGGUGAGUUCGGUUUCCGUAUUCACGGCUCGAAACCCGUGGUCGUCUCAGCUAUCGAGCCCGACACGCCCGCUGAGAGCUCUGGUCUGGAAGUUGGCGACAUUAUAAUGGCGGUGAACGGGAAGAACGUGAUGGACGCGACGCAUUCGGAAGUCGUGAGGCUCGCGCAUUCUGGCACCGACGUCCUUGAACUCGAAGUGGCGAGAACGUGCAACGUACUGGCACCGCGGGUGGCCAGACCCGGUACCAAGGAAGGAAGCGACGAGGCGCCGCUCUGCACCGGAUACCUAUGGAGGAAAUCCGCGACCUCGACCAACACGGACAAGUGGGUGCGAAGAUGGUUCGCCCUGCGCCGCGACAACUGCCUCUAUUAUUACAAGACUGACGCGGAUUCACAGCCAGUGGGGGCGAUGAUGCUGAUAAAGUACGACGUGGAGCAAACGCCCGAGCUGAGGUUACAUAGCUUCGCGAUCAAAAAACAGGGCGCACCGACGCUUCGGCUCGCGGCGGACACCGAGGAAGCUGCCGCUCGAUGGACGACGGUCAUCAAGGAAGCGAUCGAGAGAAACGACCAGGUUGACACCUGGCUGGAAUCGUCGCUGAGAAUGCGUGAAAUGGCAGCAUGCGCCAUUCACAGACCAGAUUGCUUCGGAUACCUGAGCAAGCAGCAAGAACACGCCAGAAAAACGUCGUCACCAACCGGUUGGUCCAGGCGAUAUUGCGUACUAAAGGACGCUGCAUUGUAUUUCUACGACGACGCUAAUGCGGAGAAGGCGUUCGGUGUCGCCUGCCUGCAUGGGUUCAGGGUGCAUAGCAGCGCGCCCACUUCCGGUGGCAGGAAACACGCGUUCGAGCUGCAACCACCGGACCCCACGCAGAGAAGUUACAUCUUCGCCACCGAAUCAGAAAUGGACAAGAAACGGUGGCUCGCAGCGCUCGAAUAUUCGAUCGAUCGAUGGAUAAAGAUUGGUUGACAAAGGCCGACCUACCGUACAAAGAAGCAAAGAAGUCGAAGCAGCGAAGAUCCUCUGAGAUGUCCUUCGCCUCUUCCUGUUUCCGGUUCCUAACGAACAUUGUCGAAGAUCACAAAUUCAUCUAUCACCGUCGCCAUUAUCGUCUCGAUUCUCGUUCGCAAAUUCAUCGCGUGGAUCAUGUCGCAAAUACUCUUCAAAUUCGCGAUUCUUCAGAAAUCGUAACAAUUUCAUUAGCGUUAUUUAUUAUCACUCGAAAGGCUUCAUAUCUCUCUCUCUCUCUCUCUCUCUCUCUAGCUCGCUCAAUUUUUCAAAAUCAUCGAUGAAGAUCCAUCGAUUUGUUUUCACUAGUUCAGUCGACUAAUUAACUAGGAUUAAUGAUAAUAUUCUUUGAAAUCUGCCAUAUUUUUUGCUAUUAGAGAUAUUACCGUCUAAUUGCAAAUUUGUUCAAACGUAAGCCAAUGUCUAAUUGCUGUUUAAUCGCUAACUGUCGAACAAUAUCAGAUUACACGAAACUUUGUCAAGAAUACAUUGUCAGGCGCCUCUUGACGAUUUCAAUUUUCUACAAACGUUCUGUAAGUUAUCCGUUAUCUUAUAAAUUUCAGUGAUAUUACUCCGAGCUUUGUCACACUCUUCUAGCUGUUUGUGCUAUUUCUGAUUCUCACGAAUUUCGUCGAUCUCGUUGUUUCCAACUGAUACCGAUGCUCGAUUCAUUUCGCCAGUUUCUUAGUGUCAUAAACACCAUUUUGUAAUAAUUGCUGGUCGUCAGUGGCAGUGUAUCUAUCGAAAGUUAACAUAGCGCAAUCGAUACUUGAAACACUGUUUCUCAAGGUGUUACAUUUAAAAUAGUUAAUAUUACGCUAUUCGUUUUAUUCGAGCUGUAAAGGAUGUUUGCGUUGCACGAUCGUACACCGUUUAAAGUGAUCGAAAGAAUCGUCAGUACAAACGAGUUUGAUUGAUUGUUCAAGUGUUCGGUAACAAAAGAAUCUCGAUCGAAUAGAUUUUCUUCUUUCCUGAAAAAGAAUCGUAAAUUGUUAAUUAGUUGAACAGUAUAUUUCUAGAGUCAUGUUAAACGUAUAUGAACACGAAGUUUCUCUUUAAGUAACGUAUAUAAGCUAUAAGAUACAAUUAGAUUUCAUUUCUUUAGACAAUUAUAUUAUAUUUCUGAUAGAUGUUUAUUUGAAAGAAAAAAGGAAACAACAACUCACUUUCAAUGUCAUUAAGAUAAUCAAGAUGAUCUAGCGUAGUUCCUGCAAUUAGUAUCACGAACGAUCAUGAAACGAACAAAACGAACCAGUUUCGGAAUCCCUUUCAUUUUCCUACGAUAUACGACGCACAAUUUUUACCGUUUUCAAUAAUAAUUCACUAAGAAUAUAUCAAAGACUUGAAAAACAUCUUAAGAAAGUUAGAGUACAGUAGCUUUUAUCGUGCAAAAAUGGUAAAUAAGGCUUGAGAAAUACUGUUUCAAGUAAAUAGUCCCAGUAUCGAGUCAGACAAAUUUUCACGUAGUGAAACUCCAUUUAUUCGAAUCGCUAGUGGAUAUUCAAGUCGAUUCGUUGAAAUUGCUAUUUGGACAAACUGCGAAAGCAUAAUAUACGAAUGAAAGGGAGCAAAAAAUAUUAUAUGAAAUUUAGAGUAAACGCUACGUUACACAGCUAUGAACAAAUAUUGAAUGCAACGUAUAACAAUGAAUUUUGUAAUACAGAAUAUGAAAGGUCGGUCGUAUUUAUUAAAAACGCUUAAAAGAAUUAAUUUUCCAUUUCGGAAUAUGGUAGUGAUACGGAAUUUACUAUCAUCGAUGUGUUCCGAUAAAUGGAGUUCUGCCGUAAGUACUCGUAAUCUUCAUGAUUCAGGACUCGUGCUCGUGAUUUAGCAGAUUUUUGUAUUGUUAAAAUCAGCUUUUGGAUUCCGUUUUUAUAUAUACAAACGUUGCAUACUUUACCGAUACACAGGAAUUGAAAUCACACACGAUAAGCAUGGAACACUCGCAGAAAAAAAAGACAUGCAAAGGAACGAAAGAAUCGUUUAUUCACCGAUUGUGUCUUGUAUUAAUUAGAACGAUUCCAACCGAUUUUUCUCUUACAGAAUUAGAAUUCGAUUUUUAGCUUUUAAGAGGGUUUAAACUGUCGUCCACCGCGUUACACACGAAUUUCCAUUUGGAACUGCUCACGAAAGCUCGAACAACGUAAAAUCGAAACAUCCUCGCGAGAAAAUAUACCCAAUGUCCAGCAUUGACCAGCAAACACUUGGACGUUGUUGUAACGUUUAUUAAACG